AUGGAUGCGAUACGGCUCUCGCCACUCGCUGGGCUGUUAAUACUUGCUAUGGGGAUAACUGGUGUUGAUUCCGUGCCGAUUCCUGCCGUGCAAGCCGCUUCUGGUUCGGAUGCAUUCUCUCUUGUUAGCGGCAUGGCGCUAGGGUUUGUCUUCGUUCUAGGAGUGGCAUUUGGUGCAUGGAUAUUCAAGCGGUUAGUCCAAGCUGGAAUCUCUCUUUCAAAUAGCAUUCCUGGUGCUUAUGAUGAUGAACAGCUCGAGAUUGAGGAAGAUGCUCGCGCGCUUGCUGAGUUGAGUCCUAACGAACAAGAGCUGUAUUUCCAGGGGAAAGAUUUCCAGCGGCUGAAUCCGACGGACACCCAGGAACUCUCACUUUCUCAUUUACUCUUGAUUCAAGAGAAGGGUGUUUCUGCUUGGGAAUUCAAGCCUAAUUUGGCUGUCGUUGAUGAUGUGAAGGUGGACGCUAAGACGGAAAUAAACUUUCUUAGUUCAGGCUCCGAGCUAUCUGUUCAAUCAAACUUGCCAGUGCCCAAGGCCAAUGAGGUUUACUAUUUUGAAGCCAAGAUAUACGACGUGGCAGACCCGGAGUCAACGGUGAUCUCUAUUGGACUGGCCACCUACCCAUACCCAUACUUUCGCUUGCCUGGUCGCCAGCGGCAAUCGCUCGCAUACGAUUCAAACGGCGAUCGAAGAUAUAAUCAAUCUUUUUCCCUUGACGAGUCUUCCGGUCUGGGGAUAUUCCCUAAGGUGGAAAGGGGAGAUGUGAUCGGAGUCGGGUAUAGGUCACGGUCAGGAACAGUGUUUUUCACACGCAAUGGAAAGAAGCUGAGUGAAGGCGGAUGCGGCGGCCAUGUCAAAAACUGGCAUCCAAAAUUGUGGCCCACGAUUGGUGCGAACAACAGAUGUGCGGUUCAUGUGAACUUUGGCCAGGCGGGCUAUGUGUUCAUCGAGGGUAACGUUAAGAAGUGGGGUUUUGCGCCUUUGGAAGGUAACGGUCCACCACCACCAGAGUAUCAGGCCUUCUCGCAAGAUGUGAUGCUGGAUAGUUCUGAUGUGGAUCCUCAGGAUCUCAUGGAACGCGACGGAGACUUUCCUCCCAACUUUUGGGAUGUGGCAGACUUUACAGAGGUGGAAGACAACGAGGAUAUUACCUUGAGGUCGAUUGAGCAGGCCAGUAUGCGCAGUGCUGGGCUAGAGGACGCACCUUUGGAUCCACCGAACUACUCUGACGGGGAUGGAUCCGAGGAAGAUCAUUGA